UGGCUUGCGGUCCGAGCCACUCAGAGCGCCCGGCGGCCGACACCCGGGGGCCCUACAAUUAAUACCAGGCUCCGUCCGCAAAGCGGAGACUCGUGCUCCCGCAGGCUGGGAAGUAGGCGCCGGGUCCGCCCGGAUCAGCCUUGCAACUUGCUCUACUCCGCAGCUGUGGCAACUGAGGCCGGGCAGACUCUCCAGGGCCCCUUGGUGAGAGUCGGCUAGAGCGGGGAUUGUGUCACCGCCGAGGUCCCGAGCCAGUGUGCGCCCCCGGCCCGGCACCGCGGCGUAGCUACUACCUCGAUCGCCUCGGGAACUUUGUGCGCGCGGCCCGCCUGGCAGGUGAGCGAGGGCGGCUUGCUUGGCCUCGGCUCUGCAGAGGCGCGCGGAGUAGAGAGUUUGAUUAGAAGGUCUUGAAGGCUUGAAGCUGAGGAAUGAAGAUUUUGAAGUCAUUCUACAUCUGAAGCCAUGAUUUAAAUAUCAGCAGUACGAUUUCAACAAGAAAAACUUAAGCUUCAUUGGAUUCCCACAUCAAAGAAAAGUUCCAAGCUUUCAGAAAGAGUUCUUGCUCGAAGAUAAAGAGCAACUUGCUAACUGCAAAAGAAGAAUCAAUGCUAAGGUUUUAACUGCACUUCCUAAAGUUGCAGAGUUAAGAAAAAUCUUUGAACCAAAGAGUAAAGAAUUUUUAGAAAUGAAAAGAAAAGAAAGAAUUGCCAGGCGCUUAGAAGGAAUUGAAACAGACACCCAGCCCAUCCUCUUACAGAGCUGCACAGGGUUAGUGACGCACCGGCUGCUGGAGGAAGACACACCCAGAUAUAUGCGAGCCACAGACCCGGCCAGCCCCCAUAUCGGCCGAUCAAAUGAAGAGGAAGAAACUUCUGAUUCUUCCUUAGAAAAGCAGACUCGACCCAAACACUGCACAGAAACCUCAGGUGUCCAUGGUGAAUCAUUCUAUAGUUCAGGUAUCAUGGAUACCCAGGGUCUUGAGUCCAAAGCUGAAAGAAUCGCAAGGUACAAAGCAGAAAGGAGACGGCAACUGGCAGAAAAAUAUGGGCUAUCUCUGGAUUCUGAAGCAGACUCUGAAUCUCUGUCUCGAUAUACCAAGUCCAGGAGGGAGCCUGAUACUGUUGAGAAAAGGGGAGGAAAAAGUGACAGGCUGGCUGAGUCAAGCAAAGAUUUGAGUUCUGCAUACUCCAGGACUGAGAUCCCAGGGCUCAGGACCUGUGUGGCUGAAUCCCAGGAAUAUGGUGUUUCUGACACAGAGGUGCUGCUCAACGUGGAAAACCAAAGACGAGGUCAACAGCUGAGUGCCAUGGGGCAGCAGGCCCGUGACCUGCCCCCCACGGUUGAGAGUUCCUCAUCCUUCCCAUUCUCUGGGCGAGACUGCUCCUUCAGUGAAGUGCCAAGGUCCCCAAAGCAAAUGCCCAGCGUGCCCCUCUCCUCACCUCGGCAGCCAGCCUCCCCGAGCCACUCUGGUGACCCCGCACUCCCAGGGGAGGCGCGAUCCAGUACAGGGAAACCCAAACAUGAGUGGUUUCUCCAGAAAGAUUCCGAAGGGGACACACCUUCACUUAUCAACUGGCCUUCCAGAGUUAAAGUUAGAGAAAAAUUGGUGAAAGAGGAGAGUGCUCGCAGCAGCCCUGAACUUGCCUCAGAGUCCUUAACUCAGAGGAGACAUCAGCCAAUGCCGGUGCAUUACCUGUCCUUUCAGUCAGAAAACUCAGCCUUUGACAGGGUCACGAGCAAGGCAGCCGGCUCUGCACGACAGCCGAUCCGUGGCUAUGUCCAACCAGCAGAUCCCGUUCACACUGCCAUGCUGGUGACCUCAGAAACCCCAGAAAGUGUGUCUGAGUACAGCUGGGUGGGAUCAGCCACCCCGAACGUCACAAAACCUCCCGCCUUGAAGGUUCUUGAAGGUGAGAAAAGGGAGACCCCCAUUCUCCACAUUUGUGAAUCAAAAGCAGAGGAAGAUGUGCCCUUCACUGACGCUCUGGAGAAAAGCAGGAAAUCAGUCUUGGCUGUAGAGGAUGGCAGGCUUGCGAGAAGCCAGGAAGACCCCUCUGGAAGUGAAGACUUUGGUAAGCCCACUAUUAGCACCGUCACCUUAGAACAUCAAAAGGAACCAGAAAGUUCGCCACACCCACCUCAAGCUCAGCACCAGUUGGCUGAAAGAACAGGCAGAAGCGAAAUGGUUUUGUAUGUUCAGGGUGAGCCUGUGUCUCAAGAUGCCAGAGUGACAGGACACAAAAAAGAAGCACCCAGGAGGAAGCACAAGGUCCUCACCCGCUCCCUGUCUGACUACACGGGCCCCUCUCAGCUCCAGGCCCUGAAGUGUAAGGACCCAGCUGCAAAGGGAGAGCCAGAGCUGUGGAGGCCCAAAGCUGAGGGGCCCCAGGCGGAAGUGAGCAUGCUGGACACAAAGGUCUCUGUUGCCCAGCUCCGAAAUGCAUUUCUGGAAUCUGCCAAUGCCAUACAGAAACCCGAACUCCAACCGCGGGUUGAGAGGUCAACCAAAGGAGUUGGCUUGCCUACCAGUGUGGAACGGGAGAGAGGGUCCCGGAAACCAAGACGCUAUUUUUCUCCUGGUGAAAGUAGAAAAACUUCUGAAAGAUUUAGAACUCAACCUAUAACCUCAGCAGAACGAAAGGAAUCGGAUAGGUCUACUUCAAAUUCAGAAAUGCCAACCGCUGAGGAUGAAGAAAAGGUAGAUGAACGAGCCAAGCUGAGUGUUGCUGCCAAGCGGCUGCUUUUCAGGGAAAUGGAAAAGUCAUUUGACGAGAAAAAUGUUCCAAAGCGACGCUCUAGAAACGCGGCCGUGGAGCAAAGGCUGCGGCGUCUGCAAGACAGAUCCCACACCCAGCCCGUCACCACCGAGGAGGUGGUCAUUGCAGCCACUGAACCUCUCCCUGCUUCGUGCUCUGUGGCCACCCACCCUGUAAUGGCAAGACUUCCUAGUCCCACUGUAGCAAAGAGUGCUGUGCAACCUGCCAGGUUACAGGCAUCUGCUCACCAAAAGGCUUUAGCCAGAGACCAGGCAAAUGAGGGCAAAGAUUCUGCUGAACAAGGUGAACCUGAUUCCUCCACUCUAAGCUUAGCUGAGAAGUUGGCCUUGUUUAACAAAUUGUCCCAGCCAGUCUCAAAAGCUAUUUCUACCCGAAACAGAAUAGACAUGAGACAGAGGAGAAUGAAUGCUCGCUAUCAGACUCAGCCCGUCACGCUUGGAGAGGUGGAGCAGGUGCAAAGUGGAAAGCUCAUUCCUUUCUCACCUACUGUUAACACAUCUGUGUCCACCAUGGCAUCUACAAUCACUCCAAUGUACGCAGGGGAUCUUCGGACAAAGCCAUCUGUGGAUGACAACACAAGUGCCACUGACUAUAAGUUUCCUUCUUCAAUAGAAAAUUCGGACUCUCCAGUGAGAAGCAUUCUGAAGUCCCAAGCCUGGCAGCCUUCAGCAGAGGGCAGUGGGAGCAAAGGCACGUUGAGAGAAUUGGGAGAGACAGAAAGCAAGAGAGUUUCGACAGGUAGAGAGGGUGGUGUUAAAAAGUAUGGGUCCUUUGAGGAAGCAGAGCCUUCCUACCCCAUCCUUAACCGAGUCCAGGAAGGAGAUAGCCAUAAAGAACCCAAAUAUGCUGUUCCGCGGAAGGGAGGCCUGGAGCUAGCUAAUCCUCCCAUCGCCCCUCUUGGUGAUGAGCUGAAGGAAUUUUCCACUGCUGAAAACGCUGCAGCAGGAAACCCAGACGUGAAGGACAGGCAGCCCUUUGAAGAGAAGGUGGACAUGGAGUAUGUCACAAAGAGGAAGUUUUCGCUGAGAGCGGCAGAGUUCGGGGAGCCCACUUCUGAUCAGAGCGGCACAGCUGCUGGGAAAACUGUUGAUCAGACUGCAACCCCAGUGUCCUGGAAGCAGCAAGAGCCUUCAGAACAAUCACAGGAGAAGUACCAUAAGAACCCAUGUGCAAUGUUUGCUGCUGGAGAGAUCAAAGCACCAGCGGUGGAGGGCGUCCUGGAUUCACCCAGCAAAACCAUGUCAAUUAAAGAAAGAUUAGCACUGUUGAAGAAGAGUGGAGAGGAAGAUUGGAAAAACAGACUUACCAGAAAGCAGGAGUAUGGCAAAGCGUCUGUCACGAGCAGCCUGCCUGUACAAGAAGUGGAACAGUCACUCAAGAAGAAGGAAGAAGGAGGAUUUACAGAUGAUAGUGCCAUUUCUAAUCUGCUUUGGCGGGUUACAGAAAGUCGAGAGAGCCAAAUGACUAUCGAAGAGAGGAAGCACCUCAUCACUGUGAGAGAGGAAGCCUGGAAGACAAAAGGCAAAGGAGCAGCUAAUGACUCCACCCAGUUUACGGUGGCCGGGAGAAUGGUGAAGAAAGGUUUGGCAUCACCCACAGCCAUAACCCCAGUAGCGUCCCCUAUUUGCAGUAAAACAAGGGGCACAACGCCAGUUUCCAAACCCCUGGAAGAUAUCGAAGCCAGACCAGACAUGCAGUUAGAGUCGGACCUGAAGUUGGAUAGGCUGGAAACCUUUCUAAGAAGGCUGAAUAAUAAAGUUGGUGGGAUGCAAGAAACUGUUCUCACCGUCACUGGCAAAUCUGUUAAGGAGGUGAUGAAGCUAGACGAUGAUGAAACCUUUGCCAAAUUUUACCGCAGUAUGGACUGUACCAUGCCGAGGAGCCCUGUGGAGCUGGAUGAAGACUUCGAUGUUAUUUUCGAUCCUUAUGCCCCCAAGCUGACGUCUUCAGUGGCUGAACACAAGCGUGCAGUUCGGCCCAAGCGCCGCGUGCAGGCUUCCAAAAACCCCCUGAAAAUGCUGGCAGCGAGAGAAGAUCUCCUUCAGGAAUAUACUGAGCAGAGACUAAAUGUGGCCUUCAUGGAGUCAAAGCGAAUGAAAGUAGAAAAGAUGUCCUCCAACUCCAACUUCUCAGAAGUCACUCUGGCAGGUUUAGCCAGCAAAGAAAACUUCAGCAAUGUCAGCCUGCGGAGCGUCAACCUGACAGAACAGAAUUCAAACAAUAGCGCGGUGCCCUAUAAGAAGCUGAUGCUGUUGCAGGUUAAAGGAAGAAGACAUGUGCAGACAAGACUGGUUGAACCUCGAGCUUCAUCACUCAACAGCGGGGACUGCUUCCUCCUGCUCUCUCCCCAUUACUGCUUCCUGUGGGUAGGAGAGUUUGCAAAUGUCAUAGAAAAGGCGAAGGCUUCAGAACUUGCAACUUUAAUUCAGACAAAGAGGGAACUUGGUUGUAGAGCUACUUAUAUCCAAACUGUCGAAGAAGGAAUUAAUACCCACACUCAUGCAUCCAAAGACUUCUGGAAGCUUCUGGGUGGCCAAACCAGCUACCAAUCUGCUGGAGACCCAAAAGAAGAUGAACUAUAUGAAACAGCCAUCAUAGAAACAAACUGUACUUACCGUCUGAUGGAUGACAAGCUUGUUCCUGAUGACGACUUCUGGGGGAAAAUCCCAAAGUGCUCCCUUCUGCAAUCAAAAGAGGUACUGGUGUUUGAUUUUGGCAGUGAAGUUUAUGUGUGGCAUGGAAAAGAAGUUACAUUAGCACAACGGAAAAUAGCAUUUCAGUUGGCAAAGCACUUAUGGAAUGGAACGUUUGACUAUGAGAAUUGUGACAUUAACCCACUGGAUCCCGGAGAAUGCAACCCACUUAUUCCCAGAAAAGGACAGGGGCGGCCUGAUUGGGCAAUAUUCGGGAGACUUACGGAACACAAUGAGACUAUUUUGUUCAAAGAGAAAUUUCUUGAUUGGACCGAACUGAAGAGACCUCAUGAGAAGAAUGCCGGCGAAUUUUCCCAGCAAAAGGAGGAUCCCAGGGCUGAAGUCAAGCCUUACGAUGUGACCCGGAUGGUGCCAGUGCCUCAGACGGCCGCUGGCACUGUGCUGGACGGGGUGAACGUGGGCCGUGGCUACGGCCUGGUGGAAGGGGACGACAGGAGGCAGUUUGAGAUUGCCAGUGUCUCUGUGGAUGUCUGGCAUAUCCUAGAAUUCGACUAUAGCAGGCUCCCCAAACAGAGCAUCGGGCAGUUCCAUGAGGGGGACGCCUAUGUGGUCAAGUGGAAGUACAUGGUGAGCACCGCAGUGGGAAGUCGACAGAAGGGCGAGCACCCCAUAAGGGUGGCUGGCAAAGAGAAGUGUGUCUACUUCUUCUGGCAAGGCCGGCAGUCAACUGUGAGUGAGAAGGGCACAUCGGCUCUGAUGACAGUGGAGCUGGAUGAAGAAAGGGGUGCCCAGGUCCAGGUUCUCCAGGGAAAGGAGCCCCCCUGUUUUCUGCAAUGUUUCCAAGGGGGGAUGGUGGUGCACUCCGGGAGACGGGAAGAAGAGGAAGAAAAUGUGCAAAGUGAAUGGAGGCUGUACUGUGUGCGAGGAGAAGUGCCCAUGGAAGGAAAUUUGCUGGAAGUGGCCUGUCACUGUAGUAGCUUGAGGUCCAGAACGUCCAUGGUUGUCCUCAACGUAAAUAAAGCCCUCAUUUACCUGUGGCACGGAUGUAAAGCCCAAGCCCACACCAAGGAGGUUGGAAGGACUGCAGCAAAUAAAAUCAAAGAACAGUCUCCAUGCAGAUGCCCACUGGAAGCAGGACUGCAUAGCAGCAGCAAAGUGACAAUACACGAGUGUGAUGAAGGCUCCGAGCCUCUGGGAUUCUGGGAUGCAUUAGGAAGGAGAGAUAGGAAAGCCUACGACUGCAUGCUUCAAGAUCCUGGAAAUUUUAACUUCACACCCCGCCUGUUCAUCCUCAGCAGUUCCUCUGGAGAUUUUUCAGCCACAGAAUUUAUGUAUCCUGCCCGAGACCCCUCUGUGGUCAAUUCUAUGCCUUUCCUUCAGGAAGAUCUGUAUAGCGCACCGCAGCCAGCACUUUUCCUUGUUGACAAUCACCAUGAGGUGUAUCUCUGGCAAGGCUGGUGGCCCAUCGAGAACAAGAUCACGGGGUCUGCCCGCAUUCGCUGGGCCUCCGACAGAAAGAGCGCCAUGGAGACCGUGCUCCAGUACUGCAGAGGAAAAAAUAUCAAGAAGCCUCCCCCCAAAUCUUACCUGAUCCACGCUGGUCUGGAGCCUCUGACGUUCACCAAUAUGUUUCCCAGUUGGGAGCACAGAGAGGACAUCGCUGAGAUCACAGAAAUGGAUACGGAAGUUUCCAACCAGAUCACUCUUGUGGAAGACGUGUUAGCCAAGCUCUGUAAAACCAUUUAUCCACUGGCAGAUCUCCUGGCCAGGCCACUGCCCGAGGGAGUUGACCCUCUAAAGCUUGAGAUUUAUCUCACUGAUGAAGACUUUGAGUUUGCACUAGACAUGACAAGAGAGGAAUACAGUGCACUGCCCGCCUGGAAGCAGGUGAACCUGAAAAAAGCAAAAGGUCUGUUCUGAGCGGAGAGAUGCUGCUGGCGGAACCUCUGUUGUCACUUUCAAUACCAUUGGACCAGGAAAAUGGAUAGUUUUUGGACUGGUAUUUUUAAAAAUAUUUUUUAAUCAGAGUUUUCAAACCCUGAAGUUAUUAGCUCUACUGCUUGUCCUGGAGUUGUGUAUUUUGUAAAUGUUUAAGAGAACUCUUCGGAAGUCUCUUUCCACGAUUCAGCAGGUAAUGUAAUUAAAACCAUCCAUAGGUGCACUUAUGCAGCGGUUCCCAACAGCCGCGAGAGCACUGCCCUCCUGUUCCAGCUAAGCGUUGCCUAAUUUUUUUAAGCAGUUCUCUUUAUAAAGUAUUAUUUUGAUAGCUUGUGGAUUCUAAAAUAUAUAUAUAUUUAUAUAAACACCAUAUAAAUCAAAUAUGUAUUUAACAAAGCACUAUGUAUUCAUUCACUUUUAAGGGUUUUUUUUGUUUGUGUUUGUUUGUUUGUUGUUGUUUUUUUGGUGUCAAAAUAAUAUUAAAAGGUAGAUGGAAUUAGCUCUGCCACCAAUACGUAUCCUCACAUGUGUUCAGAAAUGUCUCCUUCAGCAUUAGGUCUGACUUGUUCUGAGUGCUGCUUCCGGUGCUAAAAUGAACAAAAAAUGUGUACUUCCUGGCAUGGAACCUGUGCGAAUCCACCUUUCCACCUUCAUAUCUCCCAAAAAUGUAUAGUGCCUUGUUUUUAUGUACAGUUUAUAUACAGAAAAGUUUGCUCUGCAUUUUUUGAUGGUGGUUUGGAACAUUAUCUAAAAUUUUACUCUAAAAUAGUAGAAAUAAAAAACAUCUCAAUUUCUAAUACCUGUUGUAAACAUUAAACAUGUCAUUUUGCGAUCUAGGACUCCAAAAGUCAAGCUUCAGAAUAAACGCAAUAAUUAAUUGAUUGGUUCA